AUGUCCAUCUACCAGCUCGCUCGGCUGCUCCCGCUGCCUGAGGACGAGCUCCAGCAGGUUCUCGACUACGCCUCGACCCUCUCCAAGCUCGAAGCAGUGACGCACUUCAACAACCUCCUCGGCGACUCGCCCGCCGUCAUCGAGUUCAUAUCCACCUUCAACGCUCGCCGAAAAGAUCCAGCUCCUCCUGCCGCUGCUCCGGCUUCUUCGGCCCCCUCAAACUCCAAAACCCCCGCAAAAGCCCCGUCCAAAGCCCCGUCAAAAGCGACGGCGACAACGUCGAAGCCUGCCGCUGCCGAAACAGUAGAGCCCGUGCCGAAAUGGAACAAGGCCCCGAAAAAGAAGAAAGCAGCGCUGCAUACCCCAGAAGCGCGAAGGGUCGACGACUACGCUGGCCCGUCGGGAAAGGCAUACAACAAGAAAGACUCCGAUCUGGAAUACAUCUCUCAGCGAUCUAGUGCUCCGAGCAGCAAUCGUCCAUCAAGACCGGUCUCACCAGCAAGACCGUCCCCUCUCAAGGAACCUACCGUUACAGCAAAGGCGCAACCGGCCGCUGCCACCAAGGUUGAAGCGCCAGCACCCAAGAAGACAAACUCUACAGCAAGCGGUUACCUCAUAUCCGACGGCCCGAGCAAGUCAAAGGCCAAGUCUACGCCUGUCUCCCGCACUUCGACGCCGAAGCCAGCCGGUAGCGGAAAUGUCACAAAGAUUUCAAUAUCGGGAGGGGUGCCGAUGGCCGGUCAGUCCACAGCGUUGGCCGAUCUGGAUGCGGCCAUUCGGUCUCUGGAGAUUACAACAAACCCAUCACUAGAGAAGGAUGCCAAGUCAAGGAAGUGCAACUGCGUAGCGACUAGACAUCCUCUCCAAGCCGCCGCGCCCAACUGUCUUUCUUGCGGCAAGGUCAUCUGCUUGAAGGAGGGCUUGGGCCCGUGUACGUUUUGCGGAACACCACUACUCAGCUCGGACGAGAUCCAGGCCAUGGUCAGGGAGCUCAAGGACGAGCGCGGCAAGGAAAAGAUGGCGGCCAAUGCGGCAGCGCACCGCAAAGCAGACGUGGCCAAGACUCCAGCGCCAUUCACGCCGCCGCGGGGAUUGGACAACGACGCUCCAUCAUUAGCGGAAGCAGCCGCCAAAGCACGAGAACAUCGCGACAAGCUGCUCAAUUUCCAGGCGCAAAACGCACGGCGUACGACGGUAAGAGAUGAAGCGUCAGACUUUGACGUGUCCGUCGCCAUGAGUGGGACGGGGAGCAUGUGGGCAACGCCCGAGGAGCGGGCAAAGGAGUUGAAAAGGCAGCAAAAGAUUUUACGGGAGAUGGAGUGGAACGCACGGCCAGAGUACGAGAAGCGGCAGCAGGUCAUCAGCAUUGACCUUGCUGGGCGCCGAGUGGUGAAGACGGUUGCGCCUAUUCAGCGGCCAGCCACACCAGAGGAGGAUGAAGCUGAGGAGCCCAACUCCGGGGUUCUACAAGAGACGUCGGGAAAUAAGAAUGCCGGCGGCGCUUUCAGCGCAAAUCCGCUGCUGGGAGCCGUGAUGCGGCCUGUCUAUGAUGCCAAGGGGAAAGGGGCUGAUGCAGAGGGUCGACAGAGCCGUGCCAAGGGAUGGAGAAGAGUACAAGACGACCUGGACAACAACGAGGGGGUCAUUCUAGACGGAGGAGCGUAUGGACUGCAAGCCACUGGCGGAGACGAGCCUGCUUGUGGGUAG